AUGACAGAUUUGAAGGUUAAUCGUCUACAAGAUGAGCUCUCGUCUCAAGAUGACAGCCCGGCCGCUCCUGCGGUAGAAGAGAAAAAGAUCCCCGUGGAUAUUACCGCCGACUCUUCAGUGGAUGUGGACAAUGGGGAAGAGGAGGAGGAUGAUGAGAAGAUCCAUCAUCCAGCCAACCAGGAUGAUAUUUUAACACACACCCUUCACGUUAAAGAUGAUCCAACGUUGAACUGUUUCACAUUCCGUACCUGGUUUUUGGGUAUCGGUCUCGCGGUUUUUGGUGGCACCAUUUCUUCUAUUUACUAUUUCAAACCCCAAACCGUUGUGGUGUCGACCGUCUUCGUUGCCGUCCUUGCAUAUCUCCUCGGUGAAGGUUUGUCGAUAAUUAUUCCAAGAAAAGGAUUGAUUGGGAAGUGGUUCAAUCCUCAUCCGUUCAACGUCAAGGAGCAUCUGGCGAUUAUCGUCAUGGCCAACUCGGCCAGUACCGCCGCCCUCGGUAUCGAACUUUUGGCCGUGGAGCGACUUUAUUACGAUUCCAAACUCAACGGGGCAAUGUCGAUUUUCCUAUUAUUCUCCUCCCAGAUGCUGGGUUACGGAUUUGGUGGAUUGAUGCGCAAGACAUUGGUCUACCCCAAGAGCAUGAUGUGGCCCCAGAACCUCCCCGUGAAUAACAUGCUCGAAACUUUGUAUCGCCCUCGCUCCGUGACUCGGGGACCUCUCAAGGUCUUCGGCAUUGCAUUUACCCUCAUCUUUCUCUGGGAGAUUGUUCCCGAGUGGAUCAUGCCAAUUCUUACGGGAGUGAGCAUCUUUUGUCUGGCCAACCAGAAAAGUGCUGUCUUUACUAACGUGUUUGGUGGUGCGAGUGGAAACGAAGGAAUGGGACUGUUUUCUCUCUGCCUUGAUUGGGAUUACAUUUCCGGAGGUUACUCUCCACUUUUCUAUCCCGUUGACAGUCUAAUUAGCCAAGGAGUUGGCGUGAUUCUGUGCAUCGCAGUGUUUUCUGGUGUUUACUACGGUAACAUAUGGGAUGCACAGAAUUUCCCCUUCUUAUCCCAAGUUCUUUUCAGUGAAAACUCCACAAUGGCAAACCAGCUUCAAUGGAACCAAACUUUGGUCAUUGGCUCCGACAAUCGCAUCAACCAAGACGCCUUGGCUACGGUGGGGCUGCCAUGGUUUGCGGCCACCUACGUUAUCAACAUCUUGACCUCCAAUAUGUGCAUAUCCGCAGGUAUUGUUCAUAUGUUCCUCUGGAACUGGACCGAAAUGAAAACUGUUCUGAUGAUCUUCCAUUGGAAGAAUCUCUCACAAAGACUCAACCCUAAGAAUUGGAAUCUAACCUUCUGGCGAGAAGAAGCGAAGCCUGACCCCGUGGAAGAGCAUUAUGACCCGCACUACAAGCUGAUGCUGAGCUAUAAGCCGGUUCCAGACUGGUGGUAUAUUUGUGUUCUGAUACUCUCCGUGGUUGUAGCUCUCAUCUGUCUCUACAAAGGAGAUUCCACUCUACCAUGGUGGGGUUUCUUGGUCUCAUGCUUGGUAGCAUGGUUGUUUUUGCUGGUUUUUGGCUCCAUGCAAGCGACAACUGGCAUUGCAUUCAUCAUUCAACCCAUCGUCCAAUUGAUUGGAGGAUAUAUUCAACCUGGAAAUCCAGUGGCGAACAUGUACUUCACGCUUUUUGGCUAUAACUCUGUAACACAAGGCUCUCUACUGUGUCAAGAUCUCAAGCUCGCUCAAUACGGCCAUCUAGCACCUCGAGUCACCUUCACUAUGCAAAUGAUUGGUACCUUCAUUGGCGCCAUUUUCAACUAUAUCAUGAUGAACAGCAUUGUUACAAAUCAACGGGAGAUUCUCCUCUCAGUGGAGGGCACCAACAUCUGGUCUGGUCAACAGCCACAGCAGUACAACACUUUGUCCGUUGCAUGGGGAGGUCUAGCCCACGAGCUGUUCUCAAUUGGCUCCCGCUACCAGUGGUGCAGCAUCAUCAUUAUCGUUGGCUUCUUUGUGCCACUGCCUUUCUACUUCCUCCACAAGCGGUUCCCAUCCCUUGGGCUGAAUAACGUGAACACGUCUGUCAUGAUCUACUAUUGCUCGUACCUUUGUGUGGGUAUCAACUCGUCCAUCAUGUCGUUCUUUAUCAUCGGCUUUGGAUCUCAGUGGUACUUGAGACGCUACCACCCCAACAUUUUCAUCAAGUACAACUACCUGGUAUCGGCCGCGUUGGAUGGUGGUACCUCGAUCAUCGUUUUCAUCAUGUCAUUUGCAUUGUUCGGGGCGGCUGGAAACUCGGUCUCCUUCCCUACCUAUUGGGGUAAUAAUUCCAACGGGAACUAUGACCUGUGCCUCUAUACUGAUUAA